GGAGUUUCUCUGCUUUGGUAUGGUUUGGUCACCGAGAAACUCUCACUGGUCGCCCUUCCCUUCUUAACUCCGCCAUUUCUUCUUUCCUUCAGUUUCUCAGGCGAUUAUGGAUCUAUCUACUAAACUCCACCGUCUGCACCUCCGUUCCACCUUCUUCACCUCUCUUAAACCCUGCGUUACUUCAAACCCAUCUCUCAUACCUUCAAAUUCCCUUAAAUUCAGUUCCAGAAGACAACCCACCAAAAUCACUGCCCAGAUAUCCACUCUCAGCGUUGAAACUUCUGUUAAGGACGAGGAAGACGACAUUGAGUCCUUGUUUUCGAGUAAUUCGGCGGACGAAUUUGACCGGAAGCGAAAUAACAAUCAAUCCAACAGGGGGGCAUCCAGUAUUUCGUCUGGCGUGAGGCUUGAAAAUAUAAGUAAGAGCUAUAAGGGAGUCACGGUGUUGAAGAACGUCAGCUGGGAGGUCAAGAAAGGGGAGAAAGUUGGAUUAGUUGGGGUAAAUGGUGCAGGGAAAACUACCCAGUUGAGGAUUAUCACCGGACAGGAGGAACCGGAUUCGGGAAAUGUUAUCAAGGCCAAACCAAAUAUGAAUAUUGCAUUCUUGAGCCAAGAAUUUGAGGUUUCUAUGAGCAAGACCGUGAGGGAGGAGUUCAUGAGUGCGUUUAAAGAGGAAAUGGAGAUUGCGAAUAGGUUGGAGAAGGUGCAGAAGGCAAUUGAGGGUGCUACGGAGGAUUUGGAGCUGAUGGGGAGGCUCUUGGAUGAAUUUGAUUUGCUGCAGAGAAGAGCGCAGGCUGUGGAUUUGGAUGAGGUCGAUGCUAAGGUCAGUAAGUUGAUGCCAGAACUUGGGUUUUCCCCUGAGGAUGGGGAUAGGUUGGUGGCUUCCUUUAGUAGCGGGUGGCAAAUGAGAAUGUCACUUGGGAAAAUUCUAUUGCAGGAGCCGGAUUUAUUGCUUUUGGAUGAACCUACAAAUCAUCUUGACCUUGAUACUAUUGAGUGGCUUGAAGGUUAUCUGAAUGAGCAAGAUGUGCCCAUGGUUAUCAUAUCUCAUGACAGAGCAUUUCUUGAUCAGCUUUGUACAAAAAUUGUGGAAACUGAUAUGGGUGUUUCGAGAACUUAUGAGGGCAAUUAUUCUCAGUAUGUUGCUGCAAAGGCAGAAUGGAUUGAAGCCCAGUAUGCUGCAUGGGAGAAGCAGCAGAAAGAAAUUGAGCAGACAAAAGACUUGAUAAGCAGGUUAGGUGCAGGAGCAAACUCUGGCCGUGCAUCCUCUGCUGAAAAGAAGCUGGAAAGGCUUACAGAAGAGGAUCAAGUAGAGAAGCCAUUUCAGCGGAAACAGAUGAAGAUCAGGUUCCCUGAGCGUGGAAGAAGUGGCAGAUCUGUUCUCAAUAUUAAGAAUCUGGAAUUUGGGUAUGAGGAUAAGUUGCUAUUUAACAGGGCAAAUUUUACAGUUCAAAGGGGAGAGAAAAUUGCCAUUAUCGGUCCCAAUGGCUGUGGAAAGAGUACUUUACUAAAACUGAUUUUGGGUUUAGAGAAGCCAAGUAGUGGUGAAGUGCUGCUUGGAGAGCAUAAUGUUCUGCCAAAUUACUUUGAACAGAAUCAGGCUGAGGCUCUUGAUCUGGACAAAACAGUGCUUGAAACAGUGGAAGAAGUUGCAGAGGACUGGAGAAUUGAUGAUAUCAAAGGACUCCUUGGGCGCUGCAAUUUCAAAGCUGACAUGCUUGACAGAAAGGUUUCCCUUUUGAGUGGUGGCGAGAAGGCCCGUCUUGCAUUCUGCAAAUUCAUGGUAAAACCUUCAACCCUACUAGUUUUGGACGAACCAACCAAUCACUUGGACAUCCCUUCAAAGGAGAUGCUAGAGGAAGCAAUAUCAGAGUACAAGGGCACUGUCAUAACAGUUUCUCAUGAUCGGUACUUUAUUAGGCAAAUAGUUAAUAGAGUAGUGGAAGUUACUGAAGGCAAUUUGCAGGACUAUGAUGGUGAUUAUAAUUAUUAUUUGGAGAAGAACCUUGAAGCAAGGGAGAGGGAGCUUGAGCGUGAGGCGGAACUUGACGAGAAGGCUCCCAAAGUUAAAGCCAAAUCCAAGAUGUCAAAGGCCGAGAAGGAAGCUCGGAAGAAACAGAAAAUGCAGGCCUUUCAAGCAGCAAAACAGAAGUCAAAAGGGCUGAAGAACGCCAAGAGAUGGAGAUGAACAAUGCAGUCUAUACGUUCUUCAACCAUACCAUGUAGACUGCAGGGGGGGGGGGGGUGAAUUGAUUGUCAGCACCAUAUGUAUAUAAAUAGAAAUUAGAAAUAGAUUUUUGUUCCAUUGAAUAUAUGAUACGGAAUGGUGCAUUCCCAAUCCAAAUUUGUACUUCCCAUGAGAAAGGAUUGUCCUUUUAACCAAAAUCAUGCUAUGUUCAUCCUAAAAUCUAAACAUAAAAUCAAAGCUCUGAAUAUUU